AUGGUCUCACAAAUUUUUCUGCCGCGAUCAAUGAAACAACAAAACUGUGCCGAAUUUUUUUCUGAAUUCCGAAAAUUCCGCCAAAAUUAAAUAAAUGGAUUAUCCAUUGUUUAUACAUUUCGGGUUUUUAAUUUUUUUGGACUUGCGGUACAACAAGUAAACUAAAAAGUGCUUCCACUGGGAACAUGUUUAAACAAAGAAUUAAAUAAAGAGUGGCUUGUGUGUUGAACUGUGCGGUUUGCUCGAAGCAGCUUGGAUAAAAAGUUACUCAAUUGAUUGUUUAUAAUAUUAUUUACAAUUGCAAACAUCAAAUAAAAACAAAAACAAAAGUGAACAACCAAUAUCUGUGGAAAUACUACGAGUAAUUGACUACUAAAUGGAAUACUAUAAUAAAUAAACAAAAUCAAAUUGGAUUAUCGCCCAGCUGCUGGGAGCUUGCCCCAAGAUGAUGACCUUGCCGCCGUUCGGCUGGUUCCACUUUCUCCAGCUUCCUUUGCACCGCUCGACGUAGAACCCCCACGGACUUCCACAGAGGGGAAACCCUCACCAGCUCCAAUCAAAGCGUCAGCCACUGCCAUUAGUAGCCAUACAUCAGAUACAAUAUAUAUAUAGUAUAUAUAUAUAUAUAUAUAGAUUUGGCCCAGCGUCUUGUUCUUCGUGAUUUCGUCGCUGUCAGCGUUCGACGCCGACUGAGACGAGAGCAGCGAAGCAACGAGAGCACAGCGAAAGCCUCACCACGGACGCAUUUAUGGAUGCGGGCGGCCUGCCAGUCUUCCAAGCCAGCCAAGCAGCCGCAGCCGUCGCCCAGCAGCAGCAGCAACAACAGCAGCAGCAGCAACAUCAGCAUCUGAAUCUCCAACUGCAUCAGCAGCACUUGGGCCUACACCUGCAACAGCAACAACAACUGCAACUGCAACACAAUGCACAGGCGCAACAGCAGCAGCAGAUACAAGUGCAACAGCAGCAACAACAACAGCAACAACAACAACAACAACAACAGCAGCAACAGCAACAGCACUCUCCCUACAAUGCCAACCUGGGAGCAACAGCCGGAAUCGUCGGCGGCCUUGUUGCUGGCGGCAACGGAGCUGGCGGCCCUCCAAAUCCAGGAGUCAGCCUCGGACCCAACAGUGGGGGCGGCGGCCCAUCGCCUAGCGAUGCCCUGCCACCCAAGCGACAGCCCAUUGUGGACCGACUGCGACGCCGCAUGGAGAACUACCGACGACGGCAGACGGACUGCGUGCCGCGAUACGAGCAGACCUUCAGCACCGUCUGCGAGCAGCAGAACCAGGAGACCACGGCCCUGCAGAAGCGCUUCCUCGAGAGCAAGAACAAGCGGGCGGCCAAGAAGACCGACAAGAAGCUGCCCGAUCCCCAGCAGCAUCAGCAGCAGCAGCAGCACCAGCAACAUCAGCAGCAGCAACAUCAGCAACAGCAGCAUCAACAGGCGGCACAGACGAUGUUAGCCGGACAACUGCAGAGCAGUGUUCAUGUGGUGAGUUCUGGCAUUAUUUGGUCGUGUAAAAAUGCAUUAGAUGCAGAUGGAACCCAACAAAAAUUCCUUAAACGACCAGCGGAGGAUGUUGACAAUGGCGCCGAGAACUUUGAGCCGCCGCAUAAGUUGCCCAACAACAACAACAACAAUAGCAACAGCAACAACAACAACGGCUCGAAUGCCAACAACAAUGGGAACAACAACGGCAACAGCGGCAGCAACAACUCCGGCAACAGCGGCAACAGCAACAACAACGGCUCUGAGAAUCUAACCAAAUUCUCGGUGGAAAUCGUCCAGCAGCUUGAGUUCACGACCUCUGCGGCCAAUUCACAGCCGCAGCAGAUCAGCACAAAUGUCACAGUGAAGGCCCUGACCAACACCUCGGUGAAGAGCGAACCAGGAGUGGGCGGCGGCGGCGGUGGUGGUGGUGGUGGUGGUGGUGGUGGAAACGGAGGAGGUGGAAACAGCGGCGGUGGUGGCAACAGCGGAGGCGAUCAGCAGCAGCAGCAGCACCAACAACAGCAACAUCAUCCACAGCAACAUCAGCACCAGCAACAGCAGCACCAGAACCAGCACCAACAAGGCGGCGGACUGGGUGGCCUCGGCAAUAAUGGGCGUGGCGGGGGUCCUGGCGGAAUGGCCCAGGGACCCGGCGGUGGCGGACUCGGUGGCCUCGGAGUCGGCGUCGGAAUGGGCAUGGGAUCCAACAUGAUGUCCGCCCAACAGAAGUCGGCCCUCGGCAAUCUGGCCAAUUUGGUCGAGUGCAAACGGGAGCCCGACCACGACUUUCCCGAUCUGGGCUCGUUGGACAAGGACGGGGGCAACGGGCAGUUUCCCGGGUUUCCCGAUCUACUGGGCGAUGACAACUCGGAGAACAACGACACCUUCAAGGAUCUCAUCAACAAUUUGCAGGACUUCAAUCCCAGCUUCCUCGACGGCUUCGAUGAGAAGCCGCUGCUGGACAUCAAGACGGAGGACGGCAUCAAGGUGGAGCCCCCGAAUGCCCAGGACCUCAUCAACAGCCUGAAUGUGAAGUCGGAGGGCGGUCUGGGACAUGGCUUUGGGGGCUUUGGCGUCGGAAUGGGCAUGGAUAAUCAGGCCAUGAAGAUGCGUGGCGCCGGCGGUGGUGGUGGCUUCCCCAAUGGCCCCAACGGUGGCGGUGUUGGUGCCGGCGGCGUGGGAGGAGGAGGAGGCGGAGGACAAGCCUCCGGUGGCGGGAAUCUCAUGUCGGAGCAUCCGCUGGCCGCCCAGACCCUCAAGCAGAUGGCCGAGCAGCACCAGCACAAGAGUGCGAUGGGCGGCAUGGGUGGCUUCCCCCGCCCCCCGCAUGGCAUGCAACCGCAGCAACAGCAGCAGCAACAACAGCAGCAGCAGCAGGCCCAGCAGCAGCAACAUGGCCAGAUGAUGGGUGGUCCUGGUCAGGGCCAGCCCGGACGCUACAACGACUAUGGGGGCGGCUUUCCGAACGACUUUGGCCUGGGUCCCAAUGGCCCGCAGCAGCAACAGCAGCCCCAGCAGCAGCAUCUGCCGCCGCAGUUCCACCAGAAGGGUCCUGGCCCAGGUGCCGGUCCCGGGCCUGGCAUGAAUGUCCAGCAGAAUUUCCUGGACAUCAAGCAGGAGCUCUUCUAUUCCUCUCAAAACGAUUUCGAUCUCAAGCGCCUGCAGCAGCAGCAGGCCAUGCAGCAGCAACAGCAGCAGCAGCAGCAACAACAACAGCAACAUCACCAGCAGCAGCAGCAGCAUCCCAACCCGAAUGGCCCCAAAAUGGGUGGCGUGCCCAGCUUCAACAAGCAGCAGCAGCAGCAACAGGUGCCCCAGCAGCAGCAGCAGCAAUUGCAACAGCAACAGCAGUACUCGCCCUUCAGCAACCAAAACGCAAAUGCGGCAGCCGCCGCUGCCAACUUCCUCAACUGUCCGCCCCGUGGCGGUCCCAACGGCAGCCAGCAGCAGCAGCAGCAGCAGCCCGGUAAUCUGCCCCAGCAGCAACAGCAGCAGCAGCCGGGCGGCGGGCCACAGGGUGGUCCCCAGCAGCAGCAGCGUGGAGUCAAUGGGCAGCAGAACAAUCCAAAUGCCGGGCCCGGUGGCAAUGCGGCGCAGCAGCAGCAGCAAGCGACUACAACAACGCUGCAGAUGAAGCAGACGCAACAGCUGCACAUCAGCCAGCAGGGGGGAGGCGCGCACGGCAUUCAGGUGUCGGCUGGUCAGCAUCUGCAUCUGAGUGGCGAUAUGAAGAGCAAUGUCUCCGUGGCCGCCCAACAGGGCGUCUUCUUCAGCCAGCAGCAGGCCCAGCAGCAGCAACAGCAGCAGCAGCCUGGCAACGGCGGAAACAAUCCACAACAACAGCAGCAGCAACCGCAUGGCGGAAAUGCUGGAGCUGGAGUGGGCGUCGGAGUGGGCGUCGGAGUGGGCGUCGGAGUGGGCGUGGGCAAUGGCGGACCCAAUCCGGGACAGCAGCAGCAGCAACCAAAUCAAAAUAUGAGCAACGCAAACGUAACCUCCGAUGGCUUCUCGCUCUCCCAAAGCCAAAGCAUGAGCUUCAGCCAACAGCAGCAGCAGCAGCAGCAACAACAGGCGGCGGCUGCGGCGGCGGCAGCAGCGGCUGCCCAGCAGCAACAGGCAGCCGCCCAACAACAGCAGCAGCAGCAGCAGGUGCCGCCCAACAUGCGGCAGCGUCAGACGCAAGCGCAAGCGGCAGCUGCAGCAGCGGCGGCAGCAGCGGCGCAGGCGCAGGCAGCGGCAAAUGCAAACGGACCCAAUGUCCCGCUCAUGCAGCAGGGACCCCAGGGUCCGGGCGUUGGAGUGGGUGUGGGCGUUGGGGUAGGCGUCGGCAACGGAGGCGGCGGAGGCAUGCCCAGCAAUGGGCCCGCCGGUGGACCCAGCAACGGUGCAAUGAAUCAGAUGGGAGGACCCAUGGGCGGCAUGCCGGGCAUGCAGAUGGGCGGACCCAUGAACCCCAUGCAGAUGAACCCGAACGCGGCUGGCCCCAAUGCCCAGAUGAUGAUGGGCGGCGGGGGAGGCGGGGUUGGGUCAGGUCCCGGCCAGGUUCCCGGCCCUGGGCCUAACCAGGCCAAGUUCCUGCAGCAACAGCAGAUGAUGCGCGCCCAGGCCAUGCAGCAGCAGCACAUGUCCGGCGCGCGUCCCCCUCCGCCGGAGUACAAUGCCACCAAAGCGCAGCUGAUGCAGGCCCAGAUGAUGCAGCAGACGGUGGGUGGGGGCGGUGUUGGUGUGGGCGGAGUCGGAGGAGUGGGCGUGGGCGGCGGUGGAGGCGGAAACGGCGGCGGGCGCUUCCCCAACAGCGCUGCCCAGGCGGCAGCCAUGCGCCGCAUGACCCAGCAGCCGAUCCCUCCCUCCGGACCGAUGAUGCGGCCCCAGCACGCGGCCAUGUACAUGCAGCAGCACGGCGUAGCUGGCGGUGGUCCGCGUGGCGGAAUGGGAGGUCCGUAUGGCGGCGGCGGGGCGGGCGGACCCAUGGGUGGGCCCCAGCAGCGUCCACCCAAUGUCCAAGUGACUCCCGACGGCAUGCCCAUGGGAUCGCAGCAGGAAUGGCGGCACAUGAUGAUGUCCCAGCAGCAGUCGCAGAUGGGCUUCGGCGGCCCCGGACCCGGCGGCCCCAUGCGGCAGGGCCCAGGCGGUUUCAAUAGUGGAAACUUCAUGCCCAACGGAGCCCCUAAUGCGCCUGGCAAUGGACCAAAUGGCGGCGGCGCCGGCAUGAUGUCCGGUCCGAAUGUACCGCAAAUGCAACUGACUCCAGCCCAGAUGCAGCAGCAACUGAUGCGCCAGCAACAGCAGCAGCAGCAGCAGCAGCAGCAACAGCACAUGGGACCCGGAGCAGGCGGUAAUAUGCAGAUGCAACAGCUACUGCAGCAGCAGCAGUCGGCGGCCGGCGGCAACAUGAUGGCCAGCCAGAUGCAGAUGUCCAGCAUGCACAUGACGCAGACCCAGCAGCAGAUCACUAUGCAGCAGCAGCAGCAGUUUGUCCAAAGCACCACCACGACCACGCACCAGCAGCAGCAGCUGCUGCAGAUGCAGGGUCAGGGCCAGGGAGGCGGUCCGGGAUCGGCCAGCAACAACAACGGAGGUGGCGGUGGCGGUGGCGGUGGCGGCGGCGUCGGUGCCGGUGGGGUGGGAGCGGUUGGUGGCAACGCAUCCAACACGAUUGCCAGCGCCAGCUCGAUAAGCCAGACGAUCAACUCGGUGGUGGCCAACUCGAAUGACUUGUGUCUCGAAUUCCUGGACAACCUGCCCGUGGACAGCAAUUUCUCCACGCAGGAUCUGAUCAACUCCCUCGACAACGACAACUUCAAUCUGCAGGACUUUAAUAUGCCUUAGAUUCGUUGAAGUAGUCUCCACCAUACACCAGCACCACCACACACACCACCAGCACUACCAGCACCACCACAUUGUUGCCUCAGUUUUGUUCACAAUUUUUUUUUUGUUGCCUAUUGUUGUUAUUGGUCUUGGCCAACCCCAUCCCGAAACGAAACGAACCCGACCCAGGCCCCUGCCCCUGCCCAUGCCCAUUCCCAUGCCCCGUCCCUGCCAAUGAAGUUACUUUGUUUGUUAAUUGUGUGUGUGUAUUUAUACCUACUCGUGCGGGUGUACGAGUAUACCUAAGCUAAGUUCGUUCGUCUAUGUACUAUAAUUUCUAGUUUUGCUGGCUCCACUGUAGCGCAACGUAUCGUGUCGUUACGUAUCGUAUCGUAGCGAAUGUAUUAUCCGACCUUAGACAGGGUCCAAGGUGCAGGGCGUGCGGCCGCUGGGCGUGGUAGCGGCUAGAGUUCGCAAGACAUUCCAUACAACCAUUUAACCAUAUGCCAGGCCAUCAAUUAACUGAGGAAAAUCAAAAAGUAUUCACAAGUACUUUAAAAUCAACCAAAAUACACUGUCGCUAAUGCGUACGUAGUCAGAGUCGCAGCAGAAGCGACCUGCCACGCCACGCCUCGCCACGGCACCAGAACACUUAAGCACUUGUACUUAAUGCAAAUUUUGUGCCACGCCCAGUGCGUUGUGCGCCGCCCCCCCACUUCGUUUGAUUACUUAAGCAAAAGCCGCAAGAAAAAAGAACAAAAGAACAAGAAAAAAAAACCAUAAACAAUGGAGAGCAAAAGCAAAAAAGAACCAACAACAAAAGGGAGAAACAACAACAAAACAAAACAAAAACACAAAAUAGUUGUACAUUUUAUAUUGUAUGUAUUUAAUUUUAUUUAGUUUUUAUAAAACAAAAAAUCGACAAACAAGCAAAAAACUACAAAAAAAAAAUUAAGAAAAAAAAUGGGGGGAAAACGAAAUCGAGAAUCAAUCGGAAGAAUGAGCAAAAAUAUUGGUGAUAUUUUAAAUGCUUAAACAAAAAUUGAAAAAUAAAACAGAAAUUACGAAUCAAAUAAGAAAUCAACAAAAAGCAAAAACACAAACACAGACACACAAAGGAGGAACCGUGGGAGCGCGAGGAGAAUGGGAGAACUUUUAAAAACAAAACAAAAUCCAUUCGUGAAUGAGAAACAGUUAUUAUUAUUAUAAUUAUAAUUAUUAUUGUACAUUGAUUUUUUAAUUGAAUUCAUUUUUAAAUGGAAUUUUUAAAAGCGGAGCAACAGUGCGACAAAAGCGCAAACAAAACAUAUUUAACAAAUAUACACUAUAUAUACGGAAAUAUUAUAUAUACAUACAACUAUGCGUAGUUUUUGGUAGUGAAACGUAAUUUUUUAGUAGUUUGUUAAAUAAAUUGAUAUAAAAACACAAACACACACAUAAUAUUCAAACAUACAUACAUACACAUCCGCAUAUACGCGUAUACACGCGACUCGAUAUAUAUAUAUAUAUAUUUGACUAUUGUAAAAGCAGCGCUAACAAUUCGAUUUACGAGUGUAGUGUAUGUGUAAUUAGCCCUAAGGAGCCACAAAAUGUUUUGAGAAAGUAAGGAGAGAUCGAAAUUUAUAUUUAAUGCAUGCGCCUGGCCGCAUUACCAAGUGAUGCCAUGCCACGCCCACACAGAAAACGAUAGAGAGGAAUAGGAGAAACGGGACACUAUUCAGCAGAAAAUAAGCUAAAGAAAACGCCAGAGAUUCCAGCAAUGAAAUUAUUGUACGAAAACUAAUUAGAGCAAUUCCAUAAGUCCAUAAGUUAGACGUUCCGUUGAGGCCAUAGAAAUUUUGAACCAGGCACUCGGAUGCCACUUCCACAGAUCUUCUACUUACAAUAUAUAGUUACAGAGACAGACAUACAUACAGACAGAUCACAGCCAUUUUUGCAGUGUCUACCGUGAUUCGGAAGGGUCAGCAGGAAUACGAGUAUGUAGGAACAAGAGCUCGACUCCACAGCACACGCCUAGCAAAAGAUAUACACAUAUA